AUGGCCAGAUACAAAUCUAACGAGCAAAAUAACACAGACUUCAAACAACAAGUUGUUUUGCCAACUUAUAAAUUGGACUCUAAUUUAGUAUUAUUGCCGGGGAUAAUUUAUAAUGUCACAUUCUCUAGAUUCAAGGCAGCUACUUUGCUAUCACGAUUUAAAAGUCAAGUUUCAAAUGUUUCCUUGAUAACGAAUCUACUCAAUGAAUAUGAUUUCGAUGGUAAGCAAGAUGAAAAAGAUGAAACCGAAUCUAGGUAUAUGCCAACCCCAAUUUCAGAGGAUGCUGUAGCUGGUAUUAAAAAGUUUUAUCAAUAUGAACAAAAAUUCAAAGGUAAAAGUGAUGACUCAAGAGGAGAAUUAGACCUUCAAAAUGAGUUUGAUUGGUUAGUUUUAGCAAUAAAUCCAAACUUGGAAAAGAUAAGAGAACCACAAGGUUCAUCUGAUGAUGAAUAUGAAAAUAUUGUUACAAUUGCUCGAGUUAUUGGUAUGGUUGAUGACACGAGCAAUAUUAAGUUAACACUACAAGCCCUAACUAGAGGUAUCAAACAUAGUAAGGUUAAGCCAUCUCAAACGAAUGAAGCUUUGGUAGAUAUUGACUGGAAUGCUAAUAUUGAUGAUGUAGCCAGCCAGUAUGAUGUUUUGAAUACCAAAGCUUUAAGGUUAUUUAAAUCUAUUGAUGAAUUCAUUGUUGAUUAUCGUCAGGCUUUAUCUAUUGCUGCUUCAUUAGCAAAGAAAGGGAAACAAUCAAAAGAUUUAAGGCAGAAUGGCGAUUUAUUGACAUUAAAUCCUUUAGCCAACUCGCUUUAUUUACAUUUGGCAGGUUCAAAAGAUUUUACAAAGGCUUAUAUUAGUUUACAAAAGUUAUUCGGAACUUUCAAUUCCUCUUCGAAUACUAAGAUCGACAACAAGACUUUUUUAAGGUUAAUUGAUUUAACCUGCGCAAUUAUACCAUUCCCAAAUCACGAAAAAUUGAAGUUACUAAAAGACUUUAAUGCUACUGAUAGAGUUAAUGAAGCAAAUUUGAUGCUUGAAUCUAUGAUUCAAGUGUUUUCUAAUUUGAAAGAGAAUAACAAAUUUAUUAAUCAUUGGUUCUACAAUGAAGCGACUAAUAUUCAAAGGGCUAAUGUGGUUGCAAGUCAACUAAAGUCUAUUAGAUUAAUUUUAGAAGGUAUGACUAAUAAACCCGGUAAAGAUAUCAAAACAAAUCAAAAUCCCUCUCGCCAACUUGUUCGCCGUGGCAACAAUAGCAAUAAGUCUGCUAAGCUGCCAAUGAACCACGAUGGAAAUGAAAGUAACGAUGAAUAUGACGAUGAAGAUGAUGAUGACGAAGAUGAAUUAAGAGCCAUCACCAGUUUUAUUAAAGGUAAAUUACCAAAUAUUACUACUUUAUCUUCCGAUACAAAAAGACUUAUUGUGAAGGACUAUAAGAGGAUUAAAUCAUCACCACCAGGUAACUCAGAUUUCCAUGUAAUUAGGAAUUAUUUGGAAAUUGUGGCAGAUAUUCCAUGGGACAGGUAUGUUACAAGGUUUAAGUCUAACAAGGAUAUUGACCUAGAUUUCGCUAAAAAGCAAUUGGAUAACGAUCAUUAUGGAUUACAACACGUUAAAACAAGAUUAAUUCAGUAUUUGGUAGUGUUAAAGCUUCUAGGAAUUAAUGCUGAGAAGGAAUUUGAAAAGAUAGAAUCAGAAAACAAAAAAUCGAACAAAAAUGAAUCACCUUCCAACAAUAAGAGUGAUAAAGAGAAGGGAGAAAAGAAUUUCACUAGAGCUGAUGAUUCAAUUGUUAUCGCUAAUAAUGAUGAGACAUCAGUUGCCCAUGAAACGGCAAGAAACAAAAAUAAGAAAUCUAAAUCUUUGACAACGAUAGAGAAAAAUUUAUUAAAUAAGUCUCUUAUGGUUUCGAAAAAUAAUAAAUCCCCAAUUAUAAUGUUAGUUGGCCCACCCGGAACUGGUAAAACAUCAUUGGCGAAAUCUAUCGCUAAAGCAUUAGGCCGUAACUUCCAGAGAGUUUCUUUAGGAGGUAUCAAGGAUGAGUCUGAAAUUAGAGGCCAUAGACGUACAUAUGUUGGUGCAAUGCCAGGGGUUAUUAUUCAAUCCUUAAGGAAAUCAAGAUCUAUGAACCCAGUCAUUCUUUUGGAUGAAAUUGACAAGAUUAUUGGAGGCAACAAUGGUGUCAAUAAAUUCAAUGGAGAUCCAUCAGCAGCCUUAUUAGAAGUCUUAGAUCCUGAGCAGAACACAUCCUUUAUUGAUCAUUACUUGGGAUUCCCGGUUGAUUUGUCUCAAGUCAUGUUUAUUUGUACUGCAAAUGAAGCAUAUAAUUUAUCUAGACCAUUGUUAGAUAGGUUGGAGAUGAUCGAAGUGGGAGCGUACGAUUAUGAUGAGAAGUUGGUUAUUGGAGAAAAGUAUCUUUUGCCAAGACAAAUCAAAAGAAACGGUAUUCCCCAGGCUGAUUUGAUCGACCUCGAGAAAUCAGUUAUGCGCAAGGUGAUCCUUGAUUAUACCAGAGAAGCCGGGGUGAGAAAUUUUGAGAGGAGCUUAGGAAGAAUCUGUAGAUUCAAAGCAGUAGAAUACUCUCAAAGCUUGGAUAAGUUGAGCGAAUAUCAACCUAAGGUUGAAAUUGAAGACUUACCCAAGUAUUUAGGGUUACCUUUCGCGAAUUUAUCAACCGAAUUAUUCGAGUCCCCAAUAGAAUCAGCAAAAUGUGGAGUUGUGAACGGAUUAUCGUAUAAUACCGAUGGAUCAGGUUCCGUAUUGGUAUUUGAAAGUAUAGGGUUUAACCACGAGGGCAAAUCAGGUACAUCAUCUCUCAAUAUGACUGGUAGAUUAGGGGAUGUCUUAAUGGAGAGCGCAAAAAUCGGUUUAACAUUUAUUAAGCUGAUAAUCUACAAAAAUUUGUUGAAUUUGAUUGACAGAAAUCUUAAUGAAAGUCUAAUUGACAAAGUCAACAAUAUGGAAAUACAUUUGCAUGUACCACUGGGUUCAAUUCAAAAAGAUGGUCCAUCAGCGGGCAUUACUAUGGCCUUACUGUUCUUAUCAUUGAUUUUGGAAAAACCCGUUCCAUUGGAUACAGCCAUGACAGGUGAAAUCACUUUGAGGGGAUUGGUAUUGCCUAUCGGUGGUAUCAAAGAAAAAAUAUUAGGUGCUCAUUUAAACGGUAUCAAGCGUGUGAUAGUCCCAAGAGAAAACCGUAAAGACUUGAUCGAGGAAUAUUGCAGGUCCACCAAUGAUUUCAACCAAUUGAACGAUUUAUUACUCGACAACGAAAACAAAUAUGACUUCAAAAGAUCCGAGCCAGAGAAAUUCUGGUUCGACAAAUACGGAAUCACUAUUCACUACGCUCGUGAAUUUUGGGACGUCAUCAAAGCUGUAUGGGGUGAUGCUUUAUUAGUUAAAGUGGACCAAGCAAGAAUGGUCGAAUAUCACUUAUGA